GCCCGCCCCCACGGAUGGAGGCGGCAGGUGGUCUGUUGGCGCGAGCUCGGGCGCGGCGGACUGAGGCGGUGCGGCUCCGCCAGCGGCGGUCGGUGCUGUACGGCGCUCCCGGCGGGCAGCGAGGCACCGGCCCUGCCAGCGGUCCGGCCCCGCCGCCGCUGCUGGCGCUGACGGUGACGCUGCGGAUACUGAACUGCUUCCUGGUGCGGACCAGCUUCGUCCCGGACGAGUACUGGCAGUCGCUGGAAGUAGCGCAUCGCAUGGUCUUCAAUUAUGGCUACCUGACUUGGGAGUGGGCCAACGGCUUAAGAGGCUAUUCCUACCCACUGAUCUUUGCGAUCAUCUACAAAGCGUUGCAGCUACUGGCCAAGGAUGAUGUCCAACUGCUGAUAUGGGUCCCUAGAGUUGUACAGGCAGUCCUGGCUGCUUUUGCUGAUGUGAAGCUUUACUCAUUAGUGCGACACCUUGAAAAUGCAGAAACAGCAAAGUGCGUGUGCUUCUGCCAGCUGUGUUCCUGGUUUACAUGGUAUUCCUGUACCAGAACCCUAACAAAUACCAUGGAAACUCUUCUUACCAUGUUUGCUCUUUCCUACUAUCCGAUCAAAGGUUCCAAGACAGGGAGCAGUUGCAAAUAUUUAGCUUUGAUAGCAUUUGCAGUUGUUAUUCGUCCCACUGCUAUUAUCCCAUGGAUACCUUUGGUCUUCAGUCAUUUUUUGCAAGAACAGAGGAAAGCAGACUUUAUCCUACACAACUGCAUUCCAGUUGGAUUGGUCACAAUAGGAACCUCUUUAAUAAUUGACCGUGUGUUUUUUGGUGAGUGGGUACUGGUUCAGCUGAACUUCCUGAAAUUCAACGUGCUACAGAAUUUGGGAACAUUUUACGGAUCUCAACCUUGGCACUGGUACUUCACUCAGGGACUACCAGUCAUCUUGGGUACCCAUCUGCCUUUCUUUAUUCAUGGCUGUGUGGUGGCACCACAACGGUAUCGCAUCCUUCUAAUGGCAGUGAUUUGGACAGUGUUGGUAUACAGCAUGCUGAGCCAUAAAGAAUUCAGAUUCAUCUAUCCAGUACUGCCAUUUUGCAUGGUCUUUUGCGGACAAUCUUUGAAACACCUGAAAGCAUGGAAGAAAUCUGCAGCAAGUUUCCUGCUUCUAUCAAACUUAUUCCCAGCCCUGUAUACAGGCUUGAUUCACCAGCGAGGCUCUCUUGAUGUUAUGAGUCACAUACAGCAGCUCUGCAAUAGCUCUUACCAGUCACAAGCUUUUGUCUUCAUCAUGAUGCCAUGCCACUCUACUCCAUUUUACAGUCAUGUUCACUGUCCUCUAAAAAUGAGAUUCCUUCAGUGUCCCCCAGACCUAACUGGAAAUGAGAGCUAUAUUGAUGAAGCAGAUGUAUUUUACUCUAAUACACUUGCCUGGCUUAAUAAGGAGUUUUACAAUGAUACAUUAUUACCCAGUCACUUGAUCUUCUUCAGUGUGCUAGAACAGGUAUGGAAAUAUCACCAUUUCUAGCUUUAAGGGGCUAUGAGAAAAUGGCUACUGUCUUUCAUACUCAUGUACCUCAAGGACGAGUUGGAAGCCACAUCUAUGUCUACAGGAAAAAAACUGAAAUUAAUUAUACCUGAAGAUCACUUUCUAGACUUAAGACCUAAGGAGAUCACUUUUGCAUAGCAGUACUAUGCUUAGAAGAUCUUGUACUACAGAAAGGAGAGAGUAGUGAGUCUGAAACUGGGUAAGUCAAAUGGGGAAGUCUGAUUAGGCAGCCAUUUGCUGUCUGGAAACACCUAAACCUCUUCCUGAAGGGAACCCCAAUAGCAGUAUGGCAGGGUGGGGGUGUUGACAUAUCUUACAAUACUAGAAAACAUCAGGAAGACCAAACUUGCCAUAUUACUACUUAAACAAUAAGAAAUUAGAUAAGACAGGACCGUUUUUAUAGAAAUAUACAGCUAUGCUAGAUUUAUUUUAUAAAGACAGACUUUUACCCACAGUGUCUCUUUAUUUUUCUUCUACAAUAUGCAGAUAGGCAAGACAUUUCAAGUACUUAAAUCAGCAAGCUGAUUAGAAUGCAGCACAGCAAAUUCCUCACAAUUGAACAGGCUCUUGAACACCACCACCCACCACCACCCCCAAAGACAAGAAGCAAGUGUAAGAUUACAAAACACUAGCAAAUACAUAAUGUAGACCUAUUUUUUGAAGGAUGAGAUGAAGUUAGUACAGCAAACAUUGGAGUUAAUUAUUGAUGCAUUAUGCAUGACUCAAGCUUGAACUACACUACUGGAAUGCCAAUUAAGCAUAUUUUUCAUACACAAGUCAUUGCAUGCCUGGUUUCUGCAACAACUCUGCUGGCACCCAAACUAUCAUCCCUUCCAAAGAACAGUUAAAGCCAAAUAUGCAAAUUAGAAAUCUUGACUUCUGUCUUCUAACAAAAAUGUGUAAAAAUCAAAUUAUUCACAGAAAAAUCUUUCAUCUUGCUGCUUUGUUGAAAAAACAUUAGUUUCCAGAGGAUGCGAAUUAUUAAUUCUAAUGUUAUUUUUACCAUAAAUUACUCAAUAUUUUGGAUCAAAGGGUAAUUGCCCCAAUUCUAUUUCAAGAUUUGCCAUGUGUCUUCCAUUAGUGCGACCAUGUUUAUGCCAUUUACCUUCUCGUUUAUUACGGUGGUGGUGCUUCUGAGCUUGUUUUUCAUGUCUAGAAUUUUCAGUUUGUGUAAAAGAAGGCCUUUUAGGUCGACUGCAAGGAGUAAACAAAAGCUUAUUACUACUUUUAUGAAAGUAUUUAAAAACACUCUGAAACACAGUUACAUUGUCAAUAACAGCUUUUAACAUGCCGAGGUUGAUAGAAACCAAAAUUAGUAUUAAGAGGUAGUCCUUUCUCUUGUAAUCAAAGUGGGGGUGGCAUUUACUUGUUUGUUUAAAUCACCAGUAAGUUUGUGUAUUUGAAAUAAAUCCUUUCUAAAAAUAAAA